UCAGCCUCCCGAGUGCUGGGAUUGCAGGAGUUGAACGCCACUCCCACCUGCAGAACAUUCCGUUCGCCUCUGAGGAGCCCUUAGCCUGGCCUGGUGGCAUCAUGGCUUCUCAUUUCAUGGGCUUUCUUGGUGUCCUGGGCUCCCUCCUGUUGCUCGGACUCCAGCUCGUCUGCCCACAGCCCUCCACCGAACACAGAAAGGUCCCGCAGCGGAUGGCGGAGGAGGGCAGCCCCGAGGACGAAGGCGGCGGCGCCCCUGGCGUGUGGGGCGCCUGGGGGCCCUGGUCCGCCUGCUCUCGCAGCUGCAACGGCGGCGUCAAGGUGCAGACGCGCCCGUGCCUGCCUGCCUCCCCCGCGCGGAGCAGGACACAAGGGCCCAUCGGUCCCGGCAAGUAUGGCUACGGCAAGGCCCCGUACAUCUUACCCCUGCAGACGGACACCACACACACGCCACAGAGGCUUCGAAGACAGAGGCCCUCAUCCCGGCCGUCCAGGUCCCAGGGGACAUCUGCUACCAGACAUGGCUACAACCUGCCAGGGCCUCUGUACCAAAGUGAAAAUGGCCCUCGUUCUGGACAUCAGGCCUCAGAGGCCUCCAUUUACCAGCUGCCUUUGACUCAGGACCAAGGCUUCUCUGCAGCUUCCAGUCUCUUCCACAGCCCAGAAACAAGUAGCCGUGGUGUGGGGGCCCAUAGGACAGACCGGAGCUUCUCGCAGCCCCUGCGAUCUGCAGCUAUCUCAUGCAUCGGGGCCUAUCGGCAGUACAAGCUCUGCAACACCAACGCAUGCCCAGAAAGCAGUAGGAGUAUCCGCGAGGUGCAGUGUGCCUCCUACAACAACAAGCCGUUCAUGGGCCGGUUUUACGAGUGGGAACCGUUUGCAGAAGUAAAGGGCAAUCACAAGUGUGAGCUGAACUGCCAGGCAAUGGGCUACCGCUUCUAUGUGCGGCAAGCUGAGAAGGUUAUUGACGGCACCCCCUGUGACCAAAACGGCACAGCCAUCUGCGUGUCAGGACAGUGCAAGAGCAUUGGCUGUGAUGACUACCUGGGCUCCGACAAAGUCGUGGACAAGUGUGGGGUGUGUGGAGGCGACAACACAGGCUGUCAGGUGGUAUCGGGCGUGUUUAAACAUGCCCUCACCAGCCUGGGCUACCACCGCGUUGUGGAAAUCCCCCAAGGAGCCACAAAAAUCAACAUCACCGAGAUGCACAAGAGUAACAACUAUUUAGCCCUGCGAAGUCGUUCUGGCCGCUCCAUCAUCAAUGGGAACUGGGCAAUUGACCGUCCUGGAAAAUAUGAGGGUGGAGGGACCAUGUUCACCUACAAGCGUCCCAAUGAGAUUUCGAGCACCGCUGGAGAGUCCUUCCUGGCCGAAGGUCCCACUAACGAGAUCUUGGAUGUCUAUAUGAUACACCAGCAGCCCAACCCUGGCGUGCACUACGAGUACAUCAUCAUGGGCACCAAUGCCAUCAGCCCGCAGGUGCCGCCGCAGAGGAGACCAGGGGAGCCCCUCAACGGCCAGCUGGACGCUGGAAGGAGCCAGGAAGGCAGAGAGGAGAAGGAGAGGGGCGAGGAGAAGGAGGACCUGCGUGGGGAAGCCCGGGAGAGCUUCACCUCUGAAGCCGCUCAGACCUUCCCCGUCAGACAUCCGGACAGAUUCGCUUCCCAUCGGCCAGACAACUUGGUGCCACCAGCACCACAGCCCCCGAGGCGGAGCCGGGAUCACAACUGGAAACAGCUGGGGAUCACAGAGUGCUCGACAACCUGCGGCAAAGGCUCACAGUACCCGAUUUUCCGCUGUGUGCACAGAAGCACCCACGAAGAGGUUCCCGAGAGCUACUGCGACCCCAGCAUGAAGCCGACCCCCGAGGAGGAGCCCUGCAACCUCUUCCCCUGCCCGGCCUUCUGGGACAUCGGGGAGUGGUCCGAGUGCAGCAAGACCUGCGGGCUGGGUAUGCAGCACCGGCAGGUCCUGUGCCGCCAGGUGUACGCGAACCGCAGCCUCACGGUGCAGCCCUACCGCUGCCAGCACCUGGAGAAGCCCGAGACCACCAGCACCUGCCAGCUCAAGAUCUGCAGUGAGUGGCAGAUCCGCACCGACUGGACCUCGUGCUCCGUGCCCUGCGGCGUGGGGCAGAGAACCCGAGACGUGAAGUGCGUGAGCAACCUGGGCGACGUGGUGGCCGACGAGGAGUGCAACAUGAAGCUCCGGCCCAACGACAUCGAGAACUGCGACAUGGGGCCCUGCGCCAAGAGCUGGUUCCUGACCGAGUGGAGCGAGAGGUGCUCGGCCGAGUGCGGGGCCGGCGUGCGGACGCGCUCCGUGGUGUGCAUGACCAAUCACGUCAGCAGCCUGCCCCUGGAGGGCUGCGGGAACAACCGGCCAGCCGAGGCCACCCCCUGCGACAACGGGCCCUGCGCGGGCAAGGUGGAGUGGUUCUCGGGGAGCUGGAGCCAGUGCUCCGUGGAGUGUGGGAAUGGGACACAGCAGCGGGAGGUGAUUUGUGUUAGGAAGAACGCGGACACCUUUGCCGUGCUGGAGCCCUACGAGUGCGCCUUCCUGGAGCGGCCGCCCAGCCAGCAGUCCUGCCACCUCAAGCCUUGUGGGGCCAAAUGGUUUAGCACGGAAUGGAGCAUGUGCUCCAAGAGCUGCCAGGGUGGCUUUCGUGUCCGGGAAGUGCGGUGCCUGGCAGAUGACAUGACCCUAAGUAAUCUCUGUGACCCUCAGUUGAAACCAGAAGAGAGAGAAUCCUGCAACCCUCAGGACUGCAUCCCUGAAAUUGAUGAAAACUGCCAGGACAAGUACUACAACUGCAACGUGGUGGUGCAGGCGCGCCUCUGCGUCUACAACUACUACAAGACGGCCUGCUGCGCGUCUUGUACCCGGGUAGCCGCCAGGCACACUGGCUUCCUGGGGAGCAGAUAACGCACAUCCCUGGUCCUGGGGUGCUGCCGGCCAACGAAACGUCGUUACCACCCUCAGCUCUGGCCACAUGUUCCUUGGGUGCCGGGAGCUCGGUGCCAGGGUGUUAGAAAACCACAGCAAGCCCCUUCCACAUUGCCAUGGACUCAGGACCCUGAGGACCCGGCCCCUGAGAACAGUGCGCUCGCAGCCCUGGUGUUGAGCAAGUGGGCGGAUGUUCCUGCCGGGUGCUCCUGGCUUCUCCAAAGUGAGCACCCCCUGGAGGUCAGAGGAGGCAGCGCCCCCGUCCAGACUUCCUAAGCCGCGAUGACACAUGCACCCCUCUCUGACCUCAGCCCACUGUGCCUGUUUUUACUCCCAAAGCCAUCAGCCCGUCUUCCUGCCUUAGGACACCUAACCUCACGUCUGGGGCGCUGUCUGGUGCUGCAGCCGGUGUACUCCCUGAUGCCAGCUCCUUAGCGUCCCAGAUGGGAGGCGGCAGAUGAGUCGUUCUCCCACUGUUUUUCUGACAAGGAAUCUGAGGCCCAGCUCAGGAUCUGCCAUGUGGGAGAGCUGAGUGCCUGCCCGGUCGCCUGCCCACAGCCCUCACCUAUCCCAGUCACCACAUGGGGGCUAAAGGAGGCACUUUCCUUUCCAGCCAGGAGGCUGAGACGUUUCCCACCAGCAAACACAGCCAGGAUUCAGCCUCUUCCCUCCACAGUGGGAAGGCCAGGCCCUCUGUCUGAUGCCAGGGACGGCUCCGGCUUCCCUAAAUCCAUCAUCAACAGAACAGUGCUGGGGACAGGACAGCCACAGUGGGAGCCUGGGGGUGCCUGAUAUUCUGGUUCCAGCCCAAGUGACACGUCCCUCUCGCCGUCCUCAGCCAUCUUUCUCCGUGCCUUGCGUGGCCGGUGCAAGGUCUAGCCUGUGGGUCCCGCAAAUACUCCAGGUCGUAUUAGAAAGAGUCUCACUUUGGUCUUUCUGGAGUGCGUUACGGCUUUUGCUCUGUGCCUUCUAACCCUCCCCUCACCACAUGACUCACAGCCGUCACCUCCCGUAGACUUGACCAAGAUCCGUGUCCCUGCAGCCAGCCUGGAAGGAGCCGUGAACACUACAUCCGGUCUCCCAGCUCAUUUCACCCAGCAAGGGAACCGCAGAGGCCUCUGGCCUGAAGUGGGGUGCACUGCACCUUGAAAAGUGAACUAACUAAAAAACAAUUCAAUUUUUUUUUCUUUCAUCCAUCAGGAAGAAUAUCAGGCUAAACAACUGUGGACUUGUAAAUGUCUCCCGUUUUAGGUCCUGGGUGUAUUUCCCUUUCAAAGCAAGCCUUACGCUUACCUGAGCAUUUUGACUGGAAACCCUGCGAAGAUGAUGAGGAUUUGCAGAGCUCUGGGCCCUGUCGGGCUCACCCGCUUGCAUCCCUCCAGCCUCAGGCCUGCAGGAGCUCUGGGUGGUGCUCUGGGGGGUGUCCUGCCUGCUCCUGAACCUGGGGUGCCCAGGUGCAUUUCCUGGGGCGUCCCAGCCUCUGCCUGCAUUCCGGCCCCGGCUGCAGCACUACAGGGCACAAGGAGACCAGAGACGCCCAGAAAUGCAAGUUUCUGUCCUAUGCCUGUCCCUUACUCGGGCCUAGUCUGCCUUCUUGUUUUUCCGAACGCUGUGCCUUCAGGGCCUGCUGAACAAGCAGCCCUUGCGAGCUGCUUGGAGAGUUUUUCUCCACACGUAGGGGCCACCAAGGCCAGUAGGUACAGAGAGGAGGCUGGUUUAGCACAGGCAAAGAAUAAGUUCUAGCAAUCAAAGUCACCCACGAAGGGUGCAGGCCACCACACCGAGGGAGCUCUCUGUCUCCAGAGACCUCGCUGACCUGGGGGAGAGGAACACCGCCUCAGUCCUUCCAACUCAGGAAUUCUUGCUCCUGGGUGGCUGUGUCUCUUUGGCAUCCAACACUGUCCCCAGCAGUGUUACCUAACCACUUCUCUGAGAGGACGGGUCCUCCCAGGACCUGGCCAUCCUGCUAAGGGUGGGGUUGGGCCAGCCCAUGCCUUCACAGGGAGAAGAGGACCCCAGCUAGGGGCCUUUUUCUUUCCAGCAAACAAUCGAGCUAUUCUUGGGGUUCAGCAUAGUUGGGACCAGGUGACUAGAACAGAGGCUUUGUCAGCUUGCAGUCUGAGAAAGCCGAUCCACGCCUGUUGCGCUGUUCUCGUUUGGCCCCUAACCACGUGUUCCUGCUGCGCAACGCGGCCCACGGGGACUUGGGUAUUUGCGGCGAUCCCUUUCCGGGGCGGAGUCUAAGGAAAGCCCACCUCGGGGCGCUCUCCCUCCAGACAGUGCUGUCUCCUUUCCCAGCACCCCUUUCCUCCCUGUCCUCUCAUCACCCACCAGCGCCUUCCCAGGCGCCAAUGUGGAAUGGAAAUUUAUAUGUUCAUACUGCCCUCCCCCCCCAUAGUGUAUUGCCUUAUUCCCUGCUCUGAAUUUUAAAAUUAGAUAAAUUAAAGCUAUUAUGGGUUUUCCCUCUGAGAACUCAGCACAACCCCAGACAGAAAUCGUGCCUCUCCCAGCCUAGGCGAGGGCCACCUCCUGACCUCCGUCCUUCCCAGCCCGAGGGCCACCUGCAGGUCCAGCCCUUGGAAAAAGGACCGGAAAUAUCGGACGCUGCAAAGCUCCUUGCAUGCCCACCGCUAGAGGGAGCCAAUUCCCUUCAGUGAAGGUUUGCGGUCCGCCCAGCUGAUGGGAACACCUAGGACGGGAGCUCUCAGAACCGUCCCUGUCUGUCCCUCUGCCUUCCUGCUCCGUCUCAGGGCUCUUUGGGGUGUUUUUCUUCAUUUCCCUUAGUAUCUACCAGUCUCGCAUUCCCAGGGUAGCUUUAUGAAAGGACAGAAAAUGGGAGACACUAGUUUGACUUGUUUUUACCAGGCGUGCUGUUUGACACCAAGAGAGCUCUAGAUAUUACUGUACUAAACUAGUGUGUUCACUUUUUUUCCAUUAGUAUCGCUCGGGUAGAGUUGGGAUAACAAUUUUUAAAAGAGAAAGAAAACAUACAUCGAAGUGAUAAGAAAGACAACCAGAAGUUAAACCAGAUUGAAUAAUCUAGAUCAACCCAGUAGGUGGAGACCAGCAUCCCGUCCUUGCCAUUUUUAACAUGGUUUAGAUGGAGAAAUAGACACUUUACCAGAAAAGAAACUGAUUGAUAUGAAAUUGGAGAGCUAAUGGCUUAGCUAACAGGUGCUGGAUCUAAACAGAUCACAAGACUAGAUUAAAACCCAGAUCUUAACAACUCACAGGGAAGCAACAGAAAGACCUACCUUUGGAUUUUUGAAAAACUAUACAAGUAAAAGGUGAAGAGAUGUGUUUCAGUUGACAAAACUCAAGGAAGGGGGAUGGAGCCACCAAAAUUGGAAACUCACAGGAUGUUUGGGUGGUAUGAGAACACAUGGGCACCACGUUUUGUCUGGGACCACACUUCGGGAGACUGUUGACCGUGUGUAACAUCCAGGUGGGGAAAACCAGGUGGUUGGCUAGAAAGAGCUGGAAGGACCUCGUGAGGGUGUGGAGCCUGCAGAAGGUUUGAGCACCAUGAGAGCCAUCCUAGGCCCGGGAGGGAGAAGCUACAGGGAGCCGGAUGUUUGCUCUUGCAGGAGAACCAAGCAUCAGUGUCAGAGGCCAGGUGGUGACUGGCCCAUCCUUGGAGGUGUCUCCAAAACCACAUGACCAUGUGUCAGGAUAUAGGAGAGGGUCUCAGACAUCUAGCUGGGCAUCACGGUGUUCAAGGUCAUUUCCAAUUCUGGGCUGUGGUGAUUAUGUUACUAGAACAACUUUGUGUGGGCUCUGAGUGUGACCCUCGUAUGUCCUGUCCCAUUUUGCCACCAUAUCUGCCAUUUCAGACCCAUCGAUGCUUCCGUCCCCUACGCUGAAUGUGGCCUUGUAUCUCAGAGAACCACUGGCACCUUGGCCAGAGCUGCCCUGUGUGGUCCUGUGUCACAGAAAACGCAGAUAUGAUGGGACCAGGGAGGCGGUGCGUCCGUUAGCCAAGAGCCCUUUACCUCCCACCUGUCUCUCUCGGCUCGUUUCUUUCAUCCACCUCUGCUGGGACAAAGUGAUUCUCUCUGCCAUGAACCAGGCCCGGUUCCUGCUUCUCCCCAGAUUCUCCUUGUGCUAUGGCACAGUGACCACUGGAUGGUGGCACCUUCCGGUCAACAUUCUCAGCGUCUUCCAGACCGUGAGCCCCUGCGCGGUGCCAGGAAACCCCUGCUGGUACCUAAAGGAACCCCCACCUGCCUCGACCCCCUGCUCCCCCUGCAGUUUGACAGAAGGAUAUACUUUGUGAUAACUUAUUAUGUUGUUCUUUGUAAAUACAAGAUGUUUAUAGGAAAUAUGUAUUCUGAUCUCUAUCUGCAGAAUAAGUCACUACACCAAAAUAGUUCUAUAAUUUAGAGUAUGUUAAUUUUAAAGGGACCGAAUAGGUAUUUAUUUGCAUAUACCAUCCACACUUGUAUAAAAUCAUCUGACCAUACUAACCAGCUUCCUGGAAUGUUGCUACCCCACACUGCCUUAUUCUAAGUCCAUUUUUACCAUCAUUUAGUACUCGGACGAGUCAAACUCCUUGGGGUUUAAGAUUGAAUAUAAAUUACUCUCUUUUUGACUGGUCAGGGCUUUCACCAGGGCAUCGCUCCUGGACGUGAUUGCCAUCUUUCCAUUUUUAACAUUGUAUUUCCUCAUAUAAUCUGCCCACUCCUUGUCCCUACACAUCUGCAGGACACAGGGCCUGUCCCACAGCCUUCUUGUCCUCCUUGUGUCUCCUGCUACUAGGCCCGCCAGGGUCAGAGCGGCAGAUCGGGCGGGGAGAGGCUUGAAGGCCUGUGGCUCCAGUAGUCCCUGCUGGGGACCGGGGCCAGGGUGACAAGGUUGUCCUGUGACUGUGGAGCCAGGAGCAAGAGGCAAGGAGCCCACCGCACACUCCGUCCACCCCAGCUCCUGGGCGGUGUGAAACUGUUACAUAAGGAGUGGAGAGUAGGUGGUGGAUUAUACGAGUAAAUGUGGCCUGUUUUCAGGAGAAAUGACAACUAUUUUUGUGUAUGACUAAUUUAUUUUUAUUGUAAAAAUACAAUAAAGUGGUUAAAAGAUC